CGUGCUUUCACCUUGCAAGCCGGCAACACAAUCCCCAGUCCCACUUCCAUCCUUGCCGGUGACGGAAUUUAUUUCCUCCCCAAUCACACUCCUCCACCUCAACCUUUCUCUUCCAUCCUUCUCCCACCACGUGUCACUUCCUCACCGUCACCGUUUACUUUCCCGUCAUCCAUCAAAAACCCAACACCUAAAAAACCAUCUCCUCCUCUCUCUCUCUCUCUCACUCACUCUCUUUCUCUUACCAGAAUCUAGAAAACAGAUCUGACCGUUGAUCUCACCGACUCUCCGUCAUGGAUGAUGAUGAUGAUAUACAGUCACACUCAAACACCACCGAGUCUUCCUCACCGUCACCGUCACCACCGGACGGAAGAAUCACCGUGACUGUUCCCGCUACCGCCACCGUGCCUCCAACCCCGCCGCCACAGCAGACUGACAACAGCUUAGCACUUGUUUUGCCGAUGAAGUCGAAAGCGAACGGAAGCGGAGGAGGAGGAAGAGAGGAUUGCUGGAGCGAAGGAGCCACGGCCGUGUUGAUUGAUGCUUGGGGAGAAAGGUAUUUAGAGUUGAGCAGAGGGAACUUGAAGCAGAAGCACUGGAAAGAUGUGGCUGAAAUUGUAAGUAGCAGAGAAGAUUAUUCAAAAUCUGCGAAAACUGAUAUCCAAUGUAAGAAUAGAAUUGAUACUGUGAAGAAGAAGUACAAAUUGGAGAAAGCGAAAAUGGCUUCUGGCGGUGGGGUAAGUUCUUGGCCUUUUUUUGAUCCUUUGGAUAGACUAAUUGGGUCUACUGCGAGGGUUCCUGCUGUUGCUAGUGGUAGUAAAUUUCCAGUUGCGAUUCCUGUUAGGGUUCGGAGUAGUAGUAGGAGGGGCGGGACUAACCAGUAUCAUUUCAGGAGGAAUCAGAAUAUGAAGGCUCGGAUCCGGAAAUGGGGUAAGGAUGAGGACGACGACGACGACGACGAGGAUGAAGAGGAGGAGGAGGAGGAGGAGGAAGAGGAGGAGGAAGAGGAUGGUAGUUUUCCGCCGCAGAAGAAGAGAAGAGUGGUGGUGGAGAGGGAAGUGGGUGGGAAAGGAGGAGGAGGAGGGAAGGAAAAGAAAGGAGGGUGGGGGAAUUCGAUUAGGAUGUUGACGCAAGCAAUGUUGAAGUUUGGGGAAGCUUAUGAGCAAGCUGAGACUGCCAAGUUGCAGCAAGUGGUGGAGAUGGAGAAGACGAGGAUGAAGUUCGCGAAAGAGUUGGAGUUGCAAAGGAUGCAGUUUUUUAUGCAGACACAGAUGGAGAUUUCGCAGUUGAAGAAUGGGAGAAAGGGAGGGAGUGCUAGCGGCAAUCACCACCACCACCACCACCACCACCAUACCGGUAACAAUAUUACUGCUAGCAAUAAUGUUAACAAUAGUGAUAGUGAUAAUUAAGUGGACUAAGAGUUGUUGUUGAUUAGUGUUAAUUUAUAGAGUUUUAGGUCUUAUUAGGUUUGUGUGUUUUGUAGGUGAAAAUGCACCAUUAGGGAUGGAAAUUUGUAAUGUUUAUGAUGUUUAAUUUACAUGAAAGGAAUAAAAUUUCUGUUAAUGUUGGGGGUAAAA